GAUUCUCCAUGGAGAAGCAUUAAGACUGUACUGACCUACAUUACUUCAUGUUUUUUUGGUGUACAGUACAUCUUUAGCUAUUCUCCCUCACUGUGACUCAAUACCUAUAAUCCUUUUGUGUAGGUUGGAUUGAUGGUGUAUAUCAUUCAUUCGUCUCUGUGACUGGAUGGUUUCCACAGGCAGGUUGUUAUCAAUGUUUAACCAACAUGAAACCAGGAAGUGCGUGUGACUCACAGGAUUCCACAGGCUGCCAUUUGCCUCUUUACACACAGCAGGCCUGUGUGGAUCAGUGUCGCUGAAAGAAAUAGGUAAAGACACGAAUUGCUCCGACAAAAUGCCAGCCUGGUUGGUUUAAUGACAUUUUAAGAACUUCAUCUGAAUAUCCCAUUGAGCCUAAUGAGGGAUACAUCGUUUCCCCCCGGAGCUAAAGUCCUGUCUCUGUGGGAACCGACUGAUAGCAGGUAGACUUUGCCCUGAAGGGGAACCAACACUACAGGAAGAGCAGCAGAGCAGAUUCCUGGUCGCCGCAGCACAGUUGUUGAAAAGAUCUGCUAACUUUUGGUGGAAUGGACCAGACUAAAGGCAGCAGUCAUGGUUAUGGACCAAAUCCUCCUCCGUACAAUCCUCAGGAAUAUGUACAGGCUUCUUACUCAGGGGUGAUCAUGGAGGCAGGGAAGGGGAACAUCACAGUGGUCUCCAUUCCUGGAGUCAAUGAUAACGUGGUCCAUCCUGAGGCCAUGGCAGAAGCUGGUGGCAGCCAGCAGUAUGGUCAAGCUCCACCUGUCUACAGUCCUGGCUUAGAGGAUAGCGGCUUCAGUGACGCUGCCAUAAGGAGAGGCUUCAUAAGGAAAGUCUACUUGACCUUGAUGAUUCAGCUGCUGGUGACUGUCGGGAUCAUCUGUGCUUUUCUUUACUGGGACGAUCUCAGGUUUUGGGUAUUGGACAACUACUGGUUCUCCUUCACCAUGAUGGCGGUGGUGAUGGUGCUCAUCGUGGCCUUGUCCUGCUGUGACAACCUCCGUCGUCGAGUCCCCCUCAAUUUCAUCGCCCUGGGCCUGUUUACUAUUGCGGAGGGGCUGAUGCUCGGGUCUGUGGCAGUGUACUUUGAAGCAGAAGCAGUUCUGUGGGCUGUGGGGGCCACAGCGCUGGUGUCCCUCGCCUUGACUCUGUUUGCCAUGCAGUCAAAGUGGGACUUCACCGGACUAAAUGGGAGCCUGUGGGUGUUUGCUUGGACCCUCCUUUCGUUUGCAUUGCUCUGUGCAAUCCUACGAUCGCAGUAUCUUUACAUCGUAUAUGCCUGCCUGGGAACCUUGCUGUUUUCCCUAUACUUGGUGUUUGAUACGCAGCUUAUCCUGGGUGGGAAACACAGGAAGUAUGAAGUCUCUCCUGAGGAGUAUGUGUUUGCCGCUCUCAACCUCUAUUUGGACAUCGUCUCCCUGUUCCUCCUCCUGCUGCAGCUCAUUGGCCUCUGCCGCUAACUGACCCGACUGAACAGGAUGCCUCAUGAGAGAAACACACAAUCAAACCGUCAAGUACAUCAUGUUGAUUUGGAACAAAGAUUCAUGACCCUCUGUUAGUCCUCCAAAUGUGUCCAAGAUACAGAUUUGUAUUUAUUGUCACGUGUCAGGGUUAUUAAUAUAAACUGCAAUAAACUAUGCUACAUUUAGGAAUUUUAUAUUACACAAGUAUGCUUUUCAACUUCCAAUUCAUGUGCUUAAUAUUUAUUCCUAUAAAUAUGGGGCUGGAGCUUUUUAUUUUCAGUCUUCUGUUGCCAAAAAGUUUAAAGGUGCUAUACACUACAUUCAGAACAUUCAUAUGGAAGCAAACAACUAUUUGCUCUGUAAGGCCACACAGUACUGCCGUCUUGACCCGAGAAUGAAGUCACACUCCCUGUGUGUUGUAAUCCUAGCUUCUCUCCUUUGUUUUGGUAGCAGUGUCUGCCAUGCUUGGGAGAGCUGAUAACGCCGUCCCGACACACAGUGGCACCCACCCUCCAUUUCCCUCCCAGGUCAUCCCCGGGAGUGUGAGUUAACCCCCAUAAACUCUGUUGGCUCUGUCAGCAAUGUUGCCGUCAGAAGAGUUGUUAGCACCAUUAGCGGGGCUAGCACUGCUAGCAUCACCAUUUUGAGUCAGUUACCUCCAUGUUUCUGAAUGUCUUAUAAAGCACUUUUAAGGCAAAUGCAAAGUGCCUAAACAAUUCAGGUAGUAAUUUAUGAAAUAAAUAAGUUGUGCAGCUAUUAUGUGGUCUGUGCAUCAUUGACAAAAUGAUGAGCAUUCCAUAUGCUUAAAUAAUUACUG